AUGGCAUCAGAGGAUCAAAAAGCAGCCGACAGCACCGCGGCAGAUCAGGCGCCGUGGCACGCGGCGUAUCCAGAGCCCCGCACGACGGACCUCAAACGCAUCACGAAAGAAGCACUGCUUGACCGGAUGAAAAACAACGAAAAGUCUGGACGAAACUUCGUGUUGGUCGACGUGCGCCGAACAGACUUUGAGGGCGGCACGAUAGAGGGCGCGAUAAACCUCCCGGCGCACAGCUUGUACGUCACCAUCCCGACGCACUACGCCAUCUUCAAAGCGGCCGGCAUUGCCGAGGUCAUCUUCUGGUGUGGUUCGUCCAGCGGCAGAGGGCCGCGCUCCGCUGGCUGGUUCGCGGACCACAUCAAGAGCCAGGGAGACUCGGAGAUGCAGAGCGUUGUUCUGGACGGAGGCAUCAAAGGCUGGGCGCGGGGAGGACCCGAGUACGUUUCCCGGAUGUGCGAGUAUGACGCGACGAAGUGGUAG